GUCCGGACCUCGUUAGAAGUCAAAGCACGCGGAAGGCAUCGCGCAAAAGCGUCAGCCCGUCGGCCGAAGAGACCGAAAGGCAAGGUCCGGUUUCGACCGAGACGCGGCGCCUCGCCUCGGCGUGUCGUCGCCCCCGAGUUGUUUCGGCUCUCGAGACUCGAGGCGGGCGCGCCGAUUGCCGGGGCGGCAGCGCUCGUUAGCUGCGAGAGGCGCGAAACGCUGCAGGACGCGUUCGGCUUGCCUCGGCUUGGCGAUCGCGCGCGGCUGGAUUGCGCCAGCGAUGCUUAUCGCGCGAGAGCGCGCGCAUGAAUGAUGGGCCGUCAACGCGAGGGCCAUUGCAGCUGCCUACAUACCUAUCCGCCCGCCGACUUUCUUCUUUUCGCCUGCGCGCGGAGCUGCAGUCGGAUGCCCACCACACGACCGACACACUCGCAGACGCGCGCGCGAGCAUCAUUAAAUUUUACGCCGCCGCGACCUCGACGGCCCUUUCAGCCAGCAACAAAAAGUCAGCUAUAAAACUUCUCCCCCUUGCCUACGGUGUGCCCGCGCGCCCGCGCGCCCGCGCUUCACCUCCGUUUUAUCGCUCGGUGCGUCCUUUUUCACGUUCAUCUUUAUUGUCCGCGAUUAAACGCCAAGCCGUCUGUCGCUGCGCCAUUCCCAGAAUACCAAUGCCCGCUAAUCUUCCCCUUUUCCACUCUUUUCCUCUCAAGCUCCCAUCCUAUUCUCAUUUGCGAUAUCAUUUGUCCGUGACGCAAAGCGUUUGACGAAUGCAUUUGCUCGUUUAUGGCCGACCAAAAUUACCGGUCAACACUUGUCACACUGGAGAGAGCGUCGUUCCCAGUGGCUGAUACUGAUAGCGCACUCCCGACGUCCUAUCGGUUUAUUCAAGCCACAACCAAAAAAUGACAAGAUCGCCGAUAAUGAAGCUACCGGGCGAAGUGCUCGGGAGGAAGAAACGGUUUUGGCAUGUGCGACCGCAAAAGCCAAAGAUCGCCGAAGCGAGCCGUGCGCGCGCGCAGCUUCAUUUGAAUACCCGUCGAUCCAGGGACAUUCCAGGAAAAUUCUCGGCGAUUCAGCCGUGAUGCAAUCCUAUUCAGUCGAGGCAGUGAAGCGGUAAGCCACUGUUGCCGCCGCUACUACCGGCAAUGGACAAGCUCAGCCAGCACGAUCAGCAGAUCUUGGACACGAUCUUCGAUCCUCUGCAGUCCCUCGGCAUCAACUCCGAUCCCGGCAAGAUUUUAAACGAAGUUGCCAAUACCGUGAACGAUCCAGAGCUCAGCCAGCAAAUUAAGGACCUCGUGAAGAGAGCGAUCGUUUUGUCGGAAAAUGGCGAACUCCACCAAGCCCUCGAGCUCUUCGACGAGGCACGAGCGAAAGCUCCGCGUUCGGCUUCCGUCUUGAACGACCGGGCUCAAGCUUUGCGCCUGGCGGGCCGAAAUCAAGAAGCACUCCAGGAUCUGACUUUGGCGGUCGAAUGCAGUGGAGGUGAAGGUAAAGCAGGCGUGCAGGCGCUAUGCCAACGUGCCGCGCUUUACCGGUGCUUAGCAAGAGACGAGGAUGCCAAGCAAGACUUCGCCAGGGCUGCCCACGGCGGUUCAAAAUUUGCCAAAUCACAGCUUGUAGCUAUGAAUCCUUAUGCGGCUAUGUGUAACGCCAUGCUUCAAAAAAUCGCCAUGAAAACUGCACCAAAGUGAAUU